GCGCCCCGUGCGCAGAGCAUACCCGCUUUAAUAACACAUUUGCCAUUUCAGAGGAAGGAUUAUUAUCCCCUCUAAGAAUGCGUAUUAGUAGCGCGACUUCACCCCUGUAGGAAGCCCCCCCGUUUGGCGAAAACUUCCCAGUGGCGAAAAGUUGAGAGCUAUAACAUCAAAAUGGUGUAGCGGUUACUUUUUUUUUAAUUUUUUUGUCUACUUCGCCGCUGCUUCGACUUUUUCCUCCGUGUCUGCUUCCCUUGGGCCGCUGAAGAGGAAAAAGGAAAAAAACGCAAAGUGCAUGCUGCGAAGGGGUGUUCAGUGAGGAGGCACACAUUUUGCCAACCUCACCUUCCAUGUGCCGUCUUGAAUUAGGACUUUUGGGGCAUUCACAAGAGGGGUUAUCAUAUCCCUGUUGGUAGUGACUGCCGUGGAGGACCAAACACACACCGUUGGCGACUCCUCCCCCGUAGGGCAAAAUGAGCACGAGAAAACGGACGAAGGAGAAUUUCAAAAGCUCCAAAAAAAAAGACGGCAGGAGGGAGCAAAGCGGGCUAGGCAAAAUCGGGAAUAAAGAACUGCAUUACGUUGUUAAGCUAAACUCGGACGAAGAAAAUAGCAAGAGCAGCACAAAUAAGGACAAGCACAAACAUGCAAAGAAAAAAAACAAUAAAAGGAGAAGCUUAUCAGUACUGGUUCCUAAUUACAAAAAAGACAUAGUAAAUAACAUCAAACUGGCUGAUAAACUGUACAAAUUGACAGCAAAUAAAAGCUCAGACGAAUCGGAGGAGGACGAUCGCAGAAAGAGGAAACACUCAAAAAGGGACAAAAAAAAUGAUUGGAAGAGUAAGAAGAACAAACAUAGGAGAAGCCUCACCUGUGGGAGUUACCACUCCGAUAGUGAGCACAGUGUAGACAGCGCGCAAAAGAACAAGAAGGUAGACAUAAACAUUAAUGAGGUGCAGACCAAGUACAAAAAUAAGAACAUAAAAAUUAUUUACGACGAUGGGUAUUCGAAGAAAAUCGUCGUCAGGGGGGACAGAAGGAGGGCGGCGAGGAGCGACGGGGAGGACGAACAUGAGGGGGAAAGUGAUGAUCGAAGUGAUGACGGAAGUGAUGACGGAAGUGAUGAUCGAAGUGAUAGCCAAAGUGAUGACGGAAGUGAUAGCCAAAGUGACGACCAAAGUGACACCCAAAGUGAUGACGAAAGCGAACGGCGAUGCAGGAGCCAAGCGGAGAACCAUUCGAACGACUACACCCGACCAGGGCGCAGGAAAAAAGGCAGCGGAAGAAGAAAGCGCAAAGAAGAAAGCAAACCCGCCAAGAGGAAGAAAAAAAAAUGCGCCAAACGGCACUCCACAACUCUGAGUGACAGCUACUGCGAGGAAAAGAGGAAAAAAAACAUCAAAAAGGGGAAGAGGAAAUUCUCCACCCAGAAGUUCGUAGGGGCGAGGAGCAGAAAGGAGAGCAGCGAACCGAUAGACCGCAAUUACAGAGCAGAUAAGUACCAUGGGCCGAGGGCAAAGAGGGAGUUCUACCCCAGCAUGUAUGAAAGAGGACACAGUGAAGAUAGAAGCGAAAGUAAAAAUGAAUGCAAAAAUGAAUAUAAAAAUGUACAUAUAAACAAAUACGCAUACCAAAACAAAAGCCCGUUUGAAGAGGCAGAAGCAUUUAACCCAUGCAGUGACAGAGGCAGAAAAACGAUGGCCUACCAAUCUUUAAGCACAAGGAGUGACCAAGUGAAAAACGACUUCUUCCUCACCAUUAAGGAUAUCAUUUUUAAGCUGCACCUGAACUUGCAGAACAUUAAAGAAAUACUAAAAAACAAAAAUGAUUACAUAACGAGCUUGCUAGACUCAUCCUACAGAAAUAUUCUUCAAAAUGUGAAACGAAAUGCAAUAAAACAGGACAAUUUUUACAGGGUAAUUUUCCACGACUUGUUUAAUUUGCUAAAUGAAUUUAUCUUGGUGGAUGAUUAUACCAAGAAGUUUUUCUUCAGCAUCGAGACGGACGUUAGGCAGAGGUGCUUGGAAAAUAUAAAGAACGAGUUUUACAAUUUUAUCAAUAGGUACUUGCCCUCGGGGGAGAGGAGAAGUGUCUACAGCCCCAGCAGGGGUGCGAACGAGUUGAGCCCUCCAGACAUGUACAAGCGCAUCAUGGACAUGCACGAAUCUGCCAACAAGCGGAAGAGCCUCUACUCUGCCCUGGCCUCCUACAACAAUGGGGGGGGGCCCACGGGCAGUUCCAUGCUCGGGAGUGGACUCAUAGGAAGUGGAAUGAUUGGAAGUGGGAACCCUGCAAGCUUCUUCCCCGGCGAGUACCAGGCCCACCCCGACGUGCAGAGCAUCUUGCACCUGAACAGCCUGCAACAGAUCGAAGGCGGGAGGAGCGAGCUGGCCAAAAUCGACGGCAUGGGAAACGACCUCGCACUUAAGGUAAAAAACGCAAGCGAGCAGGAAGAUGCCGUGAACUAUUUAAAAGGAGUCGUAAAAGCGGAAAAGGAAAAAAACAUAAAAUUGGAGCUGCAGUAUGAUGAAUUGAAGCAAAAAUACGAUCUUUUGAAAAAGAAAAGAGAAGAAGACGUCAGCAAGGAAGUUAACAUGUCCAAAAGUAACGCAGAUGAAGAAGAUAAUUUUUUUAAGAAAUUUUAUCAAAGCCAGUCAUUUAUCAAAUUGGAGGAAAAAAAACUGGAGGACUCUUCCAAAAGGAUCAUCGACGAAAAUGUGAGGCUCACCAGGAUGAAGGAAAUGAACGAAAACAGCAAAAGGGAAAUAGAGAAAGACAUGCUCGACAUGGAGGUUAAGAGAAAAGAAAUUGAAAAGGACAAAGAUGACAUGGAAAUUAAAAAAAAGGAGAUUGAACUUGCAAACGAGGAGAUAAGCAAGCAAAACAAACAAUUGGAAGAGGAAAAGGAUAUGCUAAAUCGGAGGAAGAAAGAACUUGAGGAGGAAAGCUCCCUGCUGGAUAACACCAAAAGGGAGGUGGAUGAACAGAAUGACUUGCUAAAGGAGAGAAAGAGGGAGCUGGACGAGCUGAACAAACUAUUGGAAGAAAAGCAGAACCGCGUGGAGGAGGCAGACAACGCACUGCGAAAGAAGCAGAAGGAAGUUCAAGACACAGACGUUCUGCUAAACGAGAAACAAAGCACCAUGCAGAGGAGGUGCACCUUACUCGAAAGAGAAAGCCUAAAUCGUAUGGGGGAGGAGGGGGACGCUUUGGAGGAAAGAAGUAACCAGUUGGAGAGGGGAAGCACCCAAAUGAAGGCCAACGAGACGGAGCACGGUACACACAACAAUGAUCCAAAUCAGCAACAUGGCAGUGGGGACGACCCCCACAAAGGAGGUAACGAAGAGAGCAACGCGUUUUAUACGCAAAAUGAUAACCCUAGUUACACACCCAGUGGGGGGACUAUCCCAGAUAAGCAUAACACUCUCGCUUUAGAAAGAUCGUCCCCCCGAAUUGUGGAAAAUGAAGCAAACCGGAACGAUAUGAACAUCGAUGGGGAUGCCAAACGAAGCAGCGUUUUGUCUUAUUUAGGGAGCACGAAAUUUUCUCUGAAAGAUGCCUCCAAGAGGGGCAGCAACAUGUCGCCAAUAGGUGGUACCCCCCAAAAUGGUCAACUUGUGCUAAACGAUAAAAACCUCCUAAUGAUGAAAAAUCAAAUUGUGGAAAGGGAAAAGGCCCUUUUAAGUAGAGAGGAAAAGCUCAAUGAGGAAAAAGAACAAAUUGCUCAGCAGAUGAACCAACUUAACAUCCUCCAGGAUGACAUUUCGAGCAAAACGGAGGCACUGCAUAUACGGGAAGAGGAACUAAAAAGGAAAGAAUUACACCUCCUAGGCAUGCAACAAGACGGAGAAGGUACACAGCGGGUGGGACAACCAAAUGUCGCUUCAAACAAAACCAACUCCCUCUUCUGUAACGCAGAAGAAAUGAACAGUUCGGGGGAAAAUUCAAAGCAGCAGUUCGAGCCAGCAAAUUGCAUAAAUGACUCUAAUGAAGGAGCUGCAAAUAAUCAAAUGGGUCACGCGGGAAUAGCUCAACCGGAAGGUGAUCAUAAGGGGACCAACCAACCGCAAGACGAAGCUGAAUUAAACGAAUCGCUGCAAAAAGGGGAUAGCACACAUUUGGAAGGUACCAAUUCAUCACAGGGGAAAAAUACCAGCGACAGUACUUCCAUCCCGUGUGGAGCUUCCCCCUCAGCAGGGGACAACCUAGAAGCAAUAAAAAGCAACCUGAACAACUGUUUGGACGAAAUAGCAAAGUACAAACUUUUGCUAAAAAGUAGAGACGCAGAAAUUUGCUCAUUAAAGACCCAACUGGGAAUGCAACAAGGGGGAGCCAACUGGAACGGAGAUGCCACACAAGAGGGGAACAGCUCGGGGGAUAAUUCAAAAAUGGGAGAUGCUCUUUGCAAUACGGGUAAUGCGGCUGGGGGGGUAAAUGGGCGAACUGGUUUUUCCUCCCUGUCUGGUGAUUUGAAGCAGCCAAUCGGGUUCUCAGGCCCCGCGCCUGGGGAGAUUAAGGUAUGCACCGAGAGGAAGCGCAGUAAAGAGCGCGAGGGCAUAGCGGUGCAACCCAACGUGAGUCAACUGUGUAGACGCGCCAGUGGGUGGAGAAAAAUCCAUGCAGCCAGGACGAUGAAAAGUGUCAUUAGCAGCGAGCUGAUCACGUUAUACAAAGAAAUAAGCAAAAUAAAGGAGGAGUACAACAAAAGCAUCCUUAAAAAGAAUGAGUUCAUAGGGGGCCUCCUGCACAAUUUCUUUAACGAAAUGAGAAACAACUACAAGUUGAAGGAGAAUUUCUACCAGAAGGAAUCCAGCAAAUAUCACGCCCUCAUUAGCGACAAGGAAUGCUACAUAAAUGAACUCAAAAACGCAUUGCAGGAGAAGAAGGCGAAGGAGGUGUCCUACAAAAAGAUGCUACUCAAAAUGAAUCAAAUAAACGAUGCGUACAAGUUAAAGAAUAAAAGAAGCUUGUCCACCGUGGAAAUGUUGAAGCAAGACAUAAAGCUCCUAAAUCAGGACGUUUUAAAAAAAAAGGAAAUGGUAAGUUUUGUCUAA